UUCAAUACUUUUGCCUCUGCGGGUCUCUCAGGCGAUGGGGAUGGGCCCCCGCCGCGGACCACAACAGUAGAAGGGCCCCAGGGCUGCGCGCUCUGAGUCAGGCGGCCCCAGCGCCGAGCUCCGCCAGGAGGCCCCAGUGCGCGGCUCCGCGGGGCCUAGAGCUCUAGGGGCGGGGGCGGCCUCGGCGUGCGGCUCCGCCGGCGGGCAGGAGGCGGCGGGUGGACGAGAUGGAAGUGAAAGACGCAAAUGCUGCAUUGCUGAGUAACUUUGAGGUGUUCCAGUUACUUACCGAUCUUAAGCAGCAGCGCAAAGAUAGUGGAAAACACAAACAGAGCUCUGGCCAGCAGAAUCUGAACACUAUCAUGUACGAAACAUUGAAAUACAUAUCCAAAACACCAUGCAGAUUCCAAAGUCCUGAGAUUGUGAGAGAUUUCCUCAUAGCAAUGAAAGGCCAUAAACUAACCAAAGCAGAAAAGCUACAGUUGCUUAACCACAGGCCAAUGACUGCAGUUGAGAUACAGCUGAUGGUAGAGGAAAGUGAAGAAAGACUAACAGAAGAGCAGAUUGAGUCACUUCUUCAGACAGUCUCCAGCAUUCUUCCAGGGAACCCAGAGGAAGAGCUGCAGAAACAGGCGACAAUGGCAGCCGAAGAAGAUGAUGACCCAGAAUAGACAGCAUCUGAACCUAAGUUGGCAACAUCAUCAAAAGCUUCAUGAGAAAAGAACCAGCUAAACUUUUUGAUUGCAAAGACCGUGUCUGGGGUUUUUCACCCACGGCUUAAUCUUGUGUGACAUCACUGUACAGUAUAUGAAUGUUUUAUUGUAUAAAUCAUGAGAGCAACAGUUGUUUAUAAGAAACAUAAAUCAAAGGAGAGCUCUCAUGUCAGCCUUUUGUGAGAUGUGAGAAAGAUAGUAACUGGCUUCAUAACACAGCAGUUUGUGACAUAAUGAAAAUAAACCUUAUGCUUGAAUAUUCUUUUUUUCCAUUA